AUGUACUAUAUUGGAUUUGUCGGCAAAGCAUUGGAUCCGCGCACAGAUUCUAUUCGUCAGUCUCAUGUGCCAGCUGAAGCGUCAGCGACACACAAGGUAGAUGGCGUUGGUAGUUCACACGGCGUCUCAGCCACGCCUCGUGUUCAGUAG